UUUAUUAGAGAAAAUGCCUUGAACUCCUCGUCUGUUUCCAAAAUUUACGGUUUUUCAAGCAGAGUUUGCUUCACUGGGAUCAAGGGUUUUGUGGCCUUCCAUACAGGCUGUUUUCUUCGACAGAGGAAGAAUUUAGGGUUUUCUCUCCCCAAUUCUCUGAAACUCAAGCAAAAUCAUUCUUCAAUGGAAGAAGAACACAGUUAUGUGUACUCUGUGUGGGCUAUUCCACCAUUAGAUGUGAAGCUUAGGCUCAAAGCGCUCAUGGAGAAGCUCAGAGAUGAAUUUGGAGGACCAGAGUUUGAGCCUCAUGUAACAGUUGUUGGGGCAACUAGGCUCACAGAAAAGGAUGCCAUGGCAAAGCUUGAAGCUUGCAAGGAAUUGAAGCCAUAUAAAUGCAGGGCAAUUAAGGUGGACAAAGGGAGCUUCUUUUACCAGUGUGUGUACCUUCUUCUUGAUCCUACUCCUGAGAUGAUGGAGGUGAAUGCUCAUUGCAUCAAGCAUUUCGGAUGCUCGAAUGCAACUCCUUAUAUGCCCCAUUUGAGCUUGUUAUAUGGCGACUUAACAGAGGAAGAGAAGAAGAAAGCUCAAGACAAAGCAAACAGCCUUGACCAAGGCCUCUGCAACCUGGACUUUGAGGUUUCCAGCCUUGCGUUGCACAAGACCGAUACUGAAGACAAAACCCUAAAAUCAUGGGAAAAGGUGGCUGAGAUCCCACUUCGAGAGAGGGAGUAGGUAACUUCAUCUUUGCCCUUUAUUCCAAUGAAUAUAAAUGGGCUUUUGACCCUACAGGACUUUCUUAGGCUGUCUUGUCCAACUUUGUGAUAUUCUUGAGAAACAAGCUUAAACUCAAGGGUUAAAUAUGCUAGAAAAUAGCAUGUUUAUAUAUUAUUAUAGUAUUCUCAUUUUGGAUUUUUUUUUUUUUUUUGAGGAAUAAUAGCAUGUUCGCUUCUUAAGAUGGAAGAGAGUUGUGGUUGUCAUGUUGCUCUUGGAUUCGUUUUUUCAUUAUUACCAAAAGUAAAAACAUGAAGAGGAAUCGACCUUGGGUCAAAACGGUAGCAGCAAAAUUUUCAUAACACAUCUCAAGUUCCAUUCCUAUGUAACCUUAUGAAAAAAAAAAAGAAAAAAAGGUGAAAACAUGAAGGGGGGAUGUGAGAGGAAGUCUCCAGUGCAAUUGAAAAGCCAAACAAUUCGCAUAUCCUUCCCUCUAGACGUUGAAAACCUGAAUGCAAACGAUUAAACUCCAC